AUGUCAAUGCUAGGUACAUGGGCUGAUCAUAUUGUUAUACAGGCAGUUGCGAAUUCGAAUAAUUUGAGAAUUCACAUAACUGAAAGUGCCCCAAAUUUUUCAGAAUCAACAGUUGUAAGCUCUGUUUAUGCUGAAUCUGUAGCAAACAUAAGAGACAUUUAUGUCGGACAUCUUGAUGAACUGCAUUAUGUGUCAACAACGCCUAUUAGGCCUACACAGAGUGUUAAUGAAACAACAGAAAAAAACAAAACUAACAAACCAAACAUAUGCUCGCAAAAUACACAAUUUUGCCAACCUGAUACAAACAACAAGUUGGAAAAGAGAAAAAAAUACAUGAAAGAAUACAUGAAAAAAAGGAGAAACGAUAGUGAAUUUAAAAAAAAAGAAUCUCAGAGAAGAAAGUCUUAUAACAAAAAAUAUAAGAAUUCUCAUUCUCAAAAAAUUAAAGAAUCUUGGCAAAAAGCAAAUGCAACGUACAGACGUUUAAAUCCUAAAAAAGUAAAAGAGUCUUUGAAGAAAGCCAAUGCAACAUACCGACUGUCACAUCCUGAAAAAGUUGUACAAUCAUCAAAAAUGUCAAAUGCUAUAUACAAGCAAACUCAUUCAAAAACAUUUAAAGAUAAUCAAAAAAGGCAAUAUAUUAAAAGAAAGCUAGAUUUAAGUAAAAACAAAAAUGAGAUGAAUAAACAGAAAAAAGUAGAAAACUAUGUGAAUUCUAAUGCACGUGAAGACUUUGAGGUUCAAACUAAUUCUGAGUCAAGACGAUACAUAACCGUAGUAAAAGCUAUUGAAUCAUUUCAUAAGAACAUUAGUAUUGGACCAGAAUAUAUUUGUACAUGUUGUGACCAGCUGUGGUAUAGGUCGUCUAUUACUGAAUGUAAUGCUUCUUUAUAUAAGUCAUGUUCACAAGAAGUUCUCAAUUUAUGUCUCACUGGUUUCAAAAGCAUUGAUAACACUGAAUGGAUAUGCAGUACAUGUCACUCAAACUUAAAAGCUGGCAAACUUCCAACUUGUGCCAAGGCAAAUAAAAUGACUUUUCCAGAAAAGCCUGAUGUCUUAAAAGAUUUAACACCUCUUGAAGAACGACUAAUUUCGCCAAGAAUACCUUUUAUGCAAGUACGAGAACUCCCUUGUGGAGGUCAAUUAAGUAUUCACGGGAAUGUAGUUAAUGUACCUGCUGAUGUUAAUUCAACUGUUAGUGUGUUACCAAGACCAAUUAACGAGUCACAAACUAUUCCAAUCAAAUUGAAAAGACGCCUUGGUUACAAACAUCAUUAUCAAUUUCAGAAUGUUAGACCUAAGAAAGUAUUAGAAGCAGCUCAAUACCUUGUUCGAACUAGUGAAAUAUUCAAAAAUGAAGGAAUACAAUCAAUGGAUAAUUAUGUUUUAAAUGAAGUCGAGGAUAAUGAAGACGGAUGGUCUGAAUUUAUUUCCAAGGAUGCCAGCGAAUCUUCCGACAAUCUAUCAAACAGCACUCAAAGUCAAGAACUAGAGAAUAAUGCAAGGAAUGAAUCGAUUGACAAUGAAACUGAUGAUGAAUGGUGUGAAGCAAAUGAACAACCAUCAGGUGUUAUGGAUACAUUAUUACAAGAACCAGACAUUACUCAAGAUGGUGAUAGAAUAAUAAGUUUUGCGCCAGGAGAAGGAAAUAGACCACUUGGCAUUUUUAUAGACAAAGAUUCAGAAUUUCUUUCUUUUCCCACAAUUUAUUGUGGCAAACGUCAAGCAAGACUCGUGCCUGUUCAUUAUAGCACAAUGUGUAAAUGGGAAUUACGACUCUGAAAGACUCGUGCCUGUUCAUUAUAGCACAAUGUGUAAAUGGGAAUUACGAAGCAAAGAUAGAAGAGUUGCGCAGUCUGUGCCAAACAUUUUUUAUAAAUUGAAAAAGCUACAGAUAAGACAAAUUCAAGGAAGUGCAAGUUUGUCAUUACGUAAAUGUAAAACCAAAGGUAAAACGUACACAGCUGGGCAUUUAAAGUCAGAAAGUUCUGUCAACAAUCUUAUAAAUUUAGAUGAAGGAUUCAGAGUUUUAAGAAAUUUACGCGGUUCACCUCCAUAUUUUGAAAGAUGUAAAAAGGAUUUAUUUGCAAUGAUUCGUCAACUUGGUAAACCUACAUGGUUCUGUUCAUUUUCAGCUGCUGAAACGCGUUGGAUUCAUUUAAUUAAAAUUCUAGGGCGUCUUAUUGAUAAUAAAGACUAUACCGAUGACGAAGUUAAACAGAUGACAUGGCAAAAAAAAUCUAAUCUGAUACAGAAAGAUCCAGUCACAUGUGCUAGAAAUUUCGAACAUAUGGUACAAUUAUUCAUUCACAACUUUAUUAAAAGUUCAUGUCAUCCAAUUGGAGAAGUUAUUGAUUUUUUCUAUCGUGUUGAAUUCCAGCAAAGAGGUUCUCCACAUAUCCACGGAUUAUUUUGGAUAAAAAAUGCACCUGAGUAUGGUAAAGAUUCUGACGAAGAUAUUGUCAAGUUUGUACAUAGCUAUGUUUCAUGCAAAGCUGAUUCAGUUGAUUUAAGCGAUCUCGUAAAUUUACAAAGGCAUAGACACUCUAAAACAUGCAAAAAAAGAGGUCGUGCUAUUUGCAGAUUUAAUUUUCCGUUACCACCGAUGCCAAGAACUAUGAUUUUACAACCCUUAUCUGAGACUGAGCUGGAUGAAAAUAUCGCAGAUGUAUUAAAAGGAGCUUUAGGACGAAUACGUUCGUUACUAGACACUAUUAAAGCAGAUGAAACUAUGACCUUUGAUGAAUUUCUUGAAAAGUUAGAUUUGUCGGAACAGCAAUAUAUAAAGUCUAUACGGCUUUCUCUUAAACAUAAUACUUUGUUAUUGAAACGAUCGCCAGCCGAGAUAAGAAUUAACUGCUAUAAUCCAAACUUACUCAAAGCUUGGCAAGCCAACAUGGAUAUUCAAUUUGUACUAGAUCCUUAUGCGUGUGCUGUUUAUAUCCUUUCAUAUAUUACUAAAGGUCAAAGGGGAAUGAGCAAGCUACUUCGUAAGGCAUGUGAGGAAGCAAAAGAAGGCAAUAAAAAUAUUGUUAACAAAGUGAGACAUAUUGGUAACAAAUUUCUCAAUGCUGUUGAAAUAAGUGCGCAAGAAGCUGCUUACUUAGUUCUACAGAUGCCUUUGAGAAGAUCAUCUCGAGAAUUCCAGUUCAUCAAUACAUCUGAUCCAGAUGAAAGAACAUUUUUAUUAAAAAGCAUGGAUAAAAUUAAAGAACUUCCUGAUAAUUCAAUUGAUAUUGAGUCAGACAACGUCAUUAAAAGGUAUCAGCGACGACCAAAGCAACUGGAAAACGUCUGUUUAGCAGAUUUUGUUGCGUGGUAUAACUGCAAAAGCGACAACAAUGAGGAGGGAAAGCUUAAAACAAACUCACCUUCCACAGAUGAUUAUCUUUCAGAGAAUAUUGUAUAUGAUAAUUUAGAUGAUGAUGUUUCCGAUCUGGAACAAACGUCUGAGAAGGAUGAAUAUGAAAUGAAAGGAGGAAUAACGCUAGUGAAGAGACAAAAACCAAGAAUAAUACGAUCUGUAAGAUUUAAUAAAAACAAAGAUACAGAAAAUUACUGUAGAGAACAAAUAAUGCUUUACACUGCUUGGAGAAAUGAAACCACAGAUCUUUUGAAAGACUUCCAGACUUACCAAGAUCGGUUUGAAGUCCUCAAAGAUGACAUCGAACAAAACAGAAAGCAAUACGAGAAUCAUACAGAAGUUCUUGAUCAAGCAGUACAAAAUAUUGAAAGUGAGGAAUUUGGUAACAUUGUUGCUGCAAAUGCACAAUAUCGAGAUGAACAAGAUAAAGACAUUGGUUCAAAAGUGAGUGAAUUAUUUGGAUGCUUUGAUCCAGGAAAAGAUAAGCAACAUACUGAAUACGACUUAAUUAACGAUAUUGGUAUAUAUCCAAGAACAAAUGAUGACGAAGAACUUGUACUGAAGAGAUUGAAAGAUGCUGAUUUUAGAAAACUUGUGCAAUCACUUAAUGUCGAACAAAAAGAGUUUUUUUAUCAUGUAUUGAACUCUGUUAAAACUGGUAAGCUACCAUUAAGACUGUUUUUAAGCGGAGGAGCUGGUGUAGGCAAAAGUACUGUUACAAAUGCUUUGUAUGAAGCUCUUAUAAGAUACUUAAAUGCUCAACCAGAAAAUGAUCCUGACGAUGUCAGUGUUGUAAAAGUUGCUCCAACAGGCAAAGCUGCAUUUAAUAUAAAAGGAAAUACACUUCAUUCUGCCUUUAAGAUUCCUGCAAACAGAGGUUUUAAUUAUUGCACACUUGAUAGAGAUAGAUUGAAUACAAUAAGAUCUCAAUUACAGAGAAUGAAAGUUGUGUUUAUUGACGAGAUAUCAAUGGUAGGCAGUGGCAUGUUUAAUUUUCUUGACUUACGAUUGCAACAAAUUAUGGGAACAAAAGAACCUUUUGGUGGUCUUAGUAUAAUAACUGUUGGCGAUUUGUUUCAACUUAAACCAGUCUUUGAUCAUUGGAUAUUUGAGAACUCAAAUGAUGGCUAUACGGCAUUAGCGACAAAUCUCUGGCAACGGUAUUUUCAAAUGUUUGAAUUAUCAGAAGUAAUGAGACAACGAGAAGACAAAGACUUUGCUGAAAUCUUAAAUCGUAUAAGAGAAGGGAAACAUACUGAAGCUGACAUCGAAGUUUUAAAAAAAAGAAUUUUGAAUCUUAGUCCGCAACAUCCCCAUUAUCCAAUUAAUUUCACUCACCUAUUUAGUACAAACAUGGCAGUCAAUCAACACAAUCAUGACAUUUUUCAUAAAUCUACAAAUGAGAAGGUUGAGAUAAAAGCAAUUGAUAUUGUACUUGGAGAUUUAUCUGAUGAGUUAAAAGAAAGGCUUAAGAAGCAAAUCCCGAACGAUCCUUCUAAAACCAUGGGAUUGUACUCAGUUUGUUCUAUACUUAAAGAUGCAAAGUACGAUCUUACGACAAACGUGUCAGUCGUUGAUGGUAUGACUAAUGGAGCUGAAUGUAUAAUUAAGAAAGUUGAUUACAGAGUACCAGGUUCAUCAAGACCAAGUAUUAUCUGGGUUUUAUUCCAAGAAGAACACAUAGGAAAUGAUUAUCGCAAAGAAUACUCUCAUCUUUAUAACCAAAGUAUUAAUAGACAUUGGGUUCCAAUUUUAGAGAUCACAAGACAGUUCAGAAGGCACCAAAUGCAAGUUCUUCGCCGGCAAUUUCCUUUAAGACCAUCUGCAGCUAAAACUAUUCAUCGUUGUCAAGGAGAUACAUUAACUGAUGCAGUUGUUGACCUUCCAUCAUCUAAACGAGAACAUAUGCAUUAUGUUGCACUUAGCAGGCUUACAAGCAUCUCGGGACUGCAUAUUCUGAACAUGAAUGAAAAUAAGAUAGCUGUGAGCAAAAAGGUGCAAGAAGAAAUGGAAAGAUUAAGUGUAAGUUGAGCUUGCAACCACCGUGACGUCAUAAAUUAGCGGACAUAUUCACACUCAUUUACAUAUCAAACAAAUUUAAAUAUCUCGGGAACAAACAAUAAAAACAUGAAACUAAACAAUAAGUUACAUUACAACUUAAAGAGUUCUUUCAUUUAAGAAAAUAAGAAAUUUCAUGUCAUUUACACUUUAACAAUUCAGGGCGGAUCUGUCUCAUCACCAUAUAUUUUGCUCAAUUGGUUGACCCAUUGACUGGGAACCCAAGUCACCCUAUACUUUCUGGCACCAACUUGCAUGACUCCUCCCUUGACAAGUAAAACUGUCUGCAUUGCAAGUCAAUGGUUUAACUCAUAAGGUGCAAAGUAUGGAAAGAGUAUUAGAACUAAAAUUAAAAGUCUAAAAUAUUAAAUUAAUGAAACAAAAAUUUCACCUUAUUGUUGCAUUCUUCCCUUGUUCCCAUACAGUGUCUGCAAAUCCUGAAAGCCCUGCCAACACCUUCCUUGAAGCCACUUACAUGGUUACUACCCACCCAGUGGCCACCCGACGUCGAAUUCAGGACGAAAUCCCAUCGCAACGUCGAUCGACGUAUUUUCAACGUGGUUUUGACGUCGAAUUGUCGAUAAUUAAACAUUGUUUCAACGUUGAAAUUGGUCACUUCCCAUGGCCAAGUUUAACCUUGGUGGCUAGGAACAGGGCAAUUACAUUAUGAAAAAAUUGCUAAUGUCUAUAUUGUCCUAUAUUGCUAUUAUGGCAUGGUAUAAUGCCAAACGCUGUUUCCGAACAGAUGAACGACAUUGUUGUGUUUUUAUUUGGCAGUCGUCGCAUGUAAUGGUCAAGUGAAGUCAUAGCGAACACAGCCCAAAGCUGCCGAUGAACAUGUAAUGUUUUUAUCACAUCCAUUUUCAGUUAUUAUAAUAUUUUUGCUCUUCGUGGUGGCAAAAACGGCAACUCAAGAAGAAACGAGCCUGCCAUUUUCGGUCAGCGUCAGUGCGCAUGAGCCUGCAAAUUAUAGCUUGCCCGCACAUAACAUGUCAACAGGCAACAGCAACAAAGACAAAGCGAAAGACAGCGAAGAAACCCGAAGCACAUUAUCUGUUGACGUCAAUAAGGUUAGUAAUGAAAUAAUAUCUAUAUUUUUUUGGUUAGAAUUUGCGAGGUAAACUGAUGAAAGAUAUUUCUAGGGUGAACCGAAGAAGGGGUUUACAGUAAUACUGUUUACUAUUUUAGAAUUUAGAUUUUCCCCGUUUAAUUUAGAGCUGAUUUUAUACAUAUUAAUAGUAACACACACUUGUAAUCCUGCUCUGUAUUGGAUUGGUUAUGUACUGUAUUAGGCCUGAAAGUUUAAAGCUUUAAGCAUAGCCUCAGGCAGAAAAUAUUUCAAUAAGUUUACUAUUGCCUGGUGGAAAAAACGAAAUUUCCACGAUGGUGAUUGAAAAUCUGACCCUCACCUUGGGAUAUCAUUCAAUAGGAACAAAAUGACGAUGGAAAAUAUUUCUUUGAUUCAUUUUCAGUACAAAUAAGUUAAAAUGAGCAAGUAUACUCCUAGGAUGAUUGAAAUAUAUUAUGGAUUGAAAAUAGAAACUUCAAUGGCCAUUUUCUAUGGCCAUAAAGAUGCGGUACAGUCUGAUCUGCACAUGUGCACAAAGGAGAACUAUUAUACAAACAGUUUAUUUAGGUUUUUAUUUCAUUUUAUGUUCUUGCAAAGCUUGAUUGUUGUGUCUUCAUAAUUUAUUAUAUUCUAGAAUCAUGAAAAUAUAUUAGUUGUUGAAUAAAAUUCUAUAUUUUGCAAAUGUAAAUGUAAACAAAGCCUUUGUUUACAUACGGACUGUACCGCAUCUUUAAAAUGGCUGUGAAAACAGUGAAGUAGAUUUAAGCGUGCAAAGCAUGACGGUGACACGCAUUAUUUAAACUAUUUCUAAAGUGGGGAAAUAUUUUUAAAAAACCUGACUAAAUUGAUCCACAAUAAUAAGGUAUUUGUUAAUUGUUUCAUCUGGGAUUGGGCUAAUUAAUUUUUUGUGAUUCAUGAUCAACUCAUGUGUGGCCAUGCUAUGUAAAACAUACUUUGCCAAUUUAGGCUUUGAAGUCCUUGAAAGCUUAUCAAAUUGGUCAACUGACCAACUCGACCAAUCUACUCAACCAAUACUAACUUGACUCAAUAAUAUAUUAUUGAUUCUAAUAUAUUGUGAAAGUAUAGUUAUUCUGUAUAGUUGCAGCUAAAUAACAUGUUUCAUUACAUGAACAGUGCAUUUAUGCCCUGUCACAUCUGUAUUGCAUUGCAUUUUAAAUUAACCAAAUAAUAAUCUGGUUACUGCACUUCACUUGGUGGAAUUAAUAUUAGAAUGCUGUUUUUAGGGUUUGUACUGUAAUCGAAGUGAGUAGAUGUACAUUUUAAGACCUGACCAGGAACGAAUGCGAAAAAUGCGGCACAAGGUCCUCUCAUAGGAAUUGAACCUACGGCCCUGUGAGUCCGGUGCAGUGCUCUAACCAACUGAGCUACAGAGACCAGCUGUUGAGCUGUAACUGUAAGUUCAUGUAUAUAUAGGUGAUCGGGUGUGCGGGUUGUGAUAAGGUGGCAGGGCCUGAAAUUUGCAGUAUCCCGAUAUCCACGGGAUACUGAUAUUUGGUUUUGGAUACUAAGUUUAUUUUACUUGUAUCCCGAUGGGGGAUAACCACAUCUUUUUAAAAAUCGGGAUAGCAGUUAAUGUUUUAGUAGUCUCCCCACAUUUUUGCUCAUUAAAUAGUGCUGUAACACAAGUCUAGCAUUCCUCAUAACGUUGUAUUUAUGACUUAUGUAGUAUGACUUGCGAGUCGCUAUUUUGAAUAGUGUUUCCACAUUGAUACAACUGUCCAGAUUUCAUUGAAAAGAAUUUUUUUGAAGUCAAGAAAAGUCAUGAAGAUUGUAAGAAAAUUUGAAGGUUGAUAGGACUCGAUAGUUAGCAAAGUGGAUAGCAAAUACGUUUUUUUGCUUGCCAACAUGAACUAAAAAUACUCAUAUUUAAUUCAUGCAUUCUUGUGAUGUUAUGUUAAAAUAUUGAAUUAAAACCACCAAAACUCCUGAUGAGUUAUUUUACAAUCCAUGAUGAUACAGCCAAUAAUGAUAAUAAUGACAUUGUAGUUCCCGUAGUUCGCAUUUGCAUGCAUACUGAUAGCAUUAAAUAUCAGUGAAGUUGACACUUAGACUGUAAUAAUUAAAUAACCCUGUUAACUGUUAAGAAAUUGAACUGUAUAAGUUCCUUUUAGGAUUCUAGUAUAUAAAAUGUGAUGGAUGAAAAUGCUUGACUAAGAGUAAGCCUUAGAGUGAUGUUGGGUCUGGGCCCGGGAUACGAAAAGCCAAGUAGUUAAGUAUCCAGAUUUGGUAUACUGGAUUAUCGGGAGGGAUACCAAAUUUUAAAACCUUGGUAUCCAUGUGGAUCCUUAAAAAAAACAUCAAAUUUCAGACCUGGGUGGACUUAAAUAAUCUGGUUUAGGGCCGUAAGUUCAAUUCCUACCAGAGGACCUUGUGCUGCAUUUUUUGCAGUCGUUCCUUGUCAGGUCUUAAAAUGUAUAUCUACUCAGUUGGAUUACAAACCCUAAAAACAACAUUCUAAUUUUAACCAAAUACACAGUUAAAAUGACAUAAAAGCUGCCUAGUGGACAUCCAAUUCUGAGAUUCUGGCUAUAAACAUUAUAAUAAUGGCAAUGGCCUAUAUGGCAUUUGAGGAAUGAUCGGCUCAUUCUUCAAUAACACAAGCUGUAAAUUAAACUUUAUAGGCCUGGCAAAUAAAAUUUGUGAGAAAUAGAAGAGCUUGUUUGUUUUGAACUUUUGAGGUCUCAAUAGCACAUAUUACAUUUGACGACACACAUGUAAUUUAAUUAUCCGCAUUUCUGACAUGCACGCUUUUAAAACAAUAUAAAAGCGUUCAAUUUGCAUUUAUUUUAAAGUCAAUUUAGGUCUGUUUGUCCCAAUUUUGUUCAAUAACAACAACUGUGACCAAGCUAUUAGAUACAAAACCUCGCCUAAGAGACACAAAGCCUGAGCUUAAAAAGCUCUUCUUCUGAAUUAACUUUGGCAUAAACUAAGCAUUCAACUGAGGUAUAAACUGUAACAAUGAGCCAUCCUUUUAGAUACUAAUGCUGUCAAAAAGUUGCAAUCUAUUAUCACAUACAUACAAUACUGAAUCCAAAUAUUAAACACUGUCCAGUGUCCACUGUCUGGAUUUUAAAUAAUCAAAUAGAAUGAUGUAAUAAUGUCUGAAGAUAUCUAAUAGAUAGUUUUAAAUAAUUAAAUAGAAUGAUGUAAUAGAUGUUUAAUUGUAAUGCGAAACAGGUAGGUCGAGAAAGAGUUAAAGAUAUCUAAUAGAUAUCUUAACUGUUAAUUAAGCACCAGAUCUAGAUCUCCCCUUCACAAGUAAAAUCAUCUGGCAUUAGACAGAGUAAAAUAAUCUGGCGUUAGACAGUAAAAUAAUAAAGUAGCGUGCAUCAGGGUGCAAAAUUGCGACUCAAUGGGUUAAUGGAAAAACCAAAUUAUGGAAAAACCAAACCAAGUUCCCUAGAAGAAUAUAUGGAUGAUUUCCUUCAGGAACUUGAUGCAUUGAAGAAAGAAGGAAUUACUUUUGGGUCGAAGACCUACAAAGUCGAAUUGCAUUGCUUUUCAUGUGAUGCACCGUCCCAUUGUUUCUUGAAGGCUAUUAUUGGUCACACUGGUUAUUUUUCGUGUGAGCGUUGUCAAAUGAAGUGAUCGUGGAAAGGCCGUGUUGGUUUUAACUCCGGUGACAUUGCUACUCUGUGCACUGGAGGCACUUGCCAACUAUGAUUAUGAAGCUCACUAGAAAGGACAAACACCUCUUAUUUGUCAUGGUGUUUCAUGUAUUAAUGGUUUUCCUCUCGAUUAUAUGCAUAUGGUAUGCUUGGGUGUGACUCGAAGAAUUCUUCACUUUCUGAAGAAUGGCCCCAGAGAAUGUAAACUUUCCUCAGUGCAAUUAGCCCAAAUAUCUGCCAACCUUCUCUCAUUAAAAGGGAAAAUGCCAAGUGAGUUCCUUGGAUGAGCUUGAGAGAUGGAAAGCAACCGAGUUUCGGCAAUUUUUGCUGUAUACUGGCCCCAUUGCUUUGAAAGGUGUAGUCUCCACUAAGCUUUAUCAGCAUUUCCUCUCAUUAUCCAUCGCUAUUUCCAUAAUGCUUGAAAUUAAUGAAGAUAGACGCAACUCACUUUUGAACUAUGCACGCCAAUUGAUGCAGUUCUUUGUGAAGAAUUGCAAAGCAGUCUAUGGGGAAACAUUUACAGUCUACAAUGUGCAUGGUCUCCUGCAUCUCCAUGAGGAUGUGAGUUUCUUCCAGUGCUCUCUCAAUGAGACAUCCUGUUUUCGGAAUUUUCUUCAAAAACUGAAAAAACUAGUUCGAAGUGCUGGCAAUCCUUUGGUGCAAGUUGCAAAGCGGUUGGGAGAAAUUACUGUCAACAACCCAAAAUGUGCAGUCAAACAGCACUUCACAGUUAUUUCGACCAAAGAGAAAGACCAUUGCUUCUUACUUGCUGACAGAAAGUUUGCUUUUGUGAAGGAGGUGAAAGAUAAUGGAACUUUAGUGUGUGAUACAUUAUCAGAAUGCCAGACCCAAUGUUUCUUUGAAACCCCAGCUCAAUCUAAGCUUUUUUCCAUUGCAUAUGCAAGAGACAUCACUCAAGGAUCUAAACGACAAUAGGUUGAGAGGGAUGACCUAGUUUGUAAGGUUGUUUGCCUUCCUUGUGAUGCUGGAUAUGUGCUUUAUCCAUUACUUCAUGAAGUUGAGCGGACAUGACACAAUCAAUGUCUGAAGCUAGUUUUAAUGGUAUGUUAUAUUUUUAGGCAUAUCUUACAGUACAUCCUGCAUAAUGUAGAAUAGGCUGAUUUGUUUGAACAGGCUUUGAACAAUGUCAAUGUGGGUGAGAGCAGUUUAGUUAGAAGAUGGCAUUGAGGAAGAGGGUGUGAUUCCUGAGGUUUGGGUCCAGGACGAGAAUGUAAGGUGGCCAAAUAGAAUUAAUGUUCUACGAGCAAGAUCGGAGCAAAGAGUACCAUCAUCUAAAUGGCACAGCUUUCCUCUUGUUAAGGUUAAAUUCAGAUCAGGUAAGAUAUAACUGUUACUGCCUUAAUAGUACCUACCACUUUAAAGAAAACGCAUGUACACGUCCUAUUACCUAUCCCAAAAUUAAAAUAAAUCCAGAAUAAAUCACGUCAAAUUGAACAAAAGUUAGAAAGUAACGAAAUACUUCGUCACAAAAUGAAAACAACGAAGUAAAACGUUACUGUACUUCUUAAAACGACUUUGUUCCAAGUAAAAGUACUCCAGAAAAAGUUUACUUUGUUACAUUUUCUUACAUUGACUUCUCAAAAAGUACUCAAGUACAGUAACAAAGUACAGUUACUUUGUUACUUGACACCACUGAGCUAGAAAAGGCCAUAAAAAUGCAAAUGGUUACAUUCUUUUGUUUUUGUAGAUGAUAUGCAACUUUGUGAAAGUUAUAAUUUCACGACAACAGCAGAAACAACUGAUAAUGAUCAAGAUGAUGAUGACAAUGGCCCAAAAAAGACAAACACAUGUAGACCUCGUCGUAGCAUCAUUGG